GGACCGACAGCAUCCAGCACUUUUGUUGAUGAGAGAGGGGAUAAAGGCGGCUCUGCUUUUCAUUCAACUCAACGCUCAAUUUAAACGACACACGCUUUAAAUAUAACUUUGAAACCGGUGAAGUUUGCUCACUUGUCGCACGUGGUGCUCGGUCUGAGAGCAAGGCGAAUCUGACGUAUGUGUUUGGAUAUUUGGCGCUCGUAAAGUAGACUGUCCCUGCAGCAGCCACGUUCCACGCGAAAUAACGGUCUUUAUCUGAGGCUCGGAGUGGCGCUCAUCACGGGACGGACGCGCUUCCACUGAGAAGACAGCGAUGACCAGAAGAGCCGGAGGUCUUUGAUGGCUUUCACUUCACAGCAUGUGGCAUGUGAUCAGGGGGAAGACCUCUGAGUAGCUGGGCGGACUCACAGCGCACCCCCCUCCAGAGCAACAAGUUCUCUGAAUCUCCAGCGGUCUGUCAGGUGCAGCAGCUCAGUAGUUGUGACUCUGCUCUGAUCAAUGACAACCUGCUCUGAUGUUUGUAUGGGUCUUCCUCAUCAACUAAAGAUCUGCUCCGGUCGACUGAACGAACGACUUGACUCCAACAGAGAUACAUCUGUCUUCAGUUGACUUGUGGUCUGACUGGACUCACAUCAAAGAUCUGUCCAACCUCAGCCAAAACCACACAUGGAGGACUAUGACGUUCGCUCAGCUGCCAGCAUCCUGGCCUCAGUGAAGGAGCAGGAGGCGCGCUUUGAGCAGCUGACCCGGGCCCUGGAGGAGGAGCGGCGCAACGUCACCCUGCAGCUUGAGCGAGCCAAUCUGCCUCCCAACCCCACCACCAGCCAACCACUGGCAUGGCAGCAAAUGGUGAUGCAGGAGCAGAGCCCCAGUAACGCCACAUCUCUGGCCAUGAUGCAGGAGCCGCAGGAGGUGGUGGAGGAGACGGUCACCAUAGAGGAGGACCCCGGCACCCCCACCUCUCACGUCUCAGUGGUAACCUCUGAUGAUGGAACUACGCGGCGCACAGAGACCAAGGAUAUGUCUACUAAUGUGAAGGUCACCAAAGUGGUGAAAACCAUCACACGCCACAGGCUCCACCCAGUGACGGUGUCCCACGGCUUGUUAGUGGAUUCCAGGGCUGCCACCCACCCCCCCACUCUGGUCUCCAUCUCAGACUCCGCCCCCGCUGAGACUGACCCAGUGACUAAGAUGGUGAAGACUGUAACCACCAGGACGGUGCGACAGGUACCUCUAGGCCCUGAUGGCUUGCCCCUGCCAGAGGGAUCAUCCCCACUAGGUAGCUACACCGAUUCCAUUGACCGACGUUACAUGAAGAAUGGAAGUGAUCGCUUCAUAACGCCUCAAGCAACCUCAACCCUGACCCGCGCCUACAACAACUCCUACAACGAUUCAUACGGCGAGACACCGGAAAGCCAGUACAUCCGCCACUAUGGCCUGCACGAUGGAUACACUGAUUUGACAGAGAACUAUGGUAGUCUCUCACGCGGAGUCAAUUUCCGGCCACCGCGCUACCCCUAUAUGCCCAACAGCUACCGGCCAGAGAACAGCUACACACUGCCUAUUCGUAAGGAUGACUAUGGCCAUGUGGCACAGCCUCAGGUGCCUAUGGGGAGCAGCACUGUGGAUCUGAACCGCUCACAACCAGAACGCUUCCAGCCUGAGCCCUAUGGCCUGGAGGAUGAUCGUCGGAGCUUGGGACCUGAAGAUGAAGAGCCAUACGAACUGGAACCAGACUACUCCACUGCCAACCGCCGCACCCUGCCGGGGCCCAGCAGGGGUCGCCCUCACAGGGAGCCUCUACGGGAUGUACACAGAGUCAGAGGUUACCCAGAUGACCCAAUUGAGGCAGAACUAAUCGAUGAGCGCCACCCUUACAUCCAUGGCAUGUACUCAGCACCACUGGCUCAGCCGGAGAGGGGGAGCAUGGCAAGUCUGGACCGAAUGGGUGGCCGGCGUUCGCCUUCUAUUGACAGCAUCCGAAAAGACCCUCGCUGGCGGGACCCUGAUCUCCCAGAGGUUAUCGCCAUGCUAGGCCACCCGAUCGACCCUGUCAAGUCCAAUGCUGCUGCCUACCUGCAGCACCUGUGCUACGAAAAUGACAAGAUUAAGAAGGAUGUGCGCCAGCUAAAGGGGAUUCCAGUCCUUGUGGGGCUUUUGGAUCAUCCCAAGUCAGAAGUCCACCGCAAGGCUUGUGGAGCUCUGAGGAACAUCUCUUAUGGGAAAGACAAUGAGAACAAGGUGGCCAUCAAGAACUGUGACGGGAUCCCAGCCCUGGUCCGCCUACUCAGGAAGACCAACGACAUGGAGGUUCGAGAGCUCAUCACUGGAACCUUGUGGAAUCUGUCAUCUUAUGAGCCUCUGAAGAUGGUGAUCAUCAACCACGGCCUGCAAACCAUGACCAAUGAGGUCAUAAUCCCCCACUCGGGUUGGGAACACGAACCCAACGAGGACUCAAAGCCCCGCGAUGCGGAGUGGACCACGGUUUUCAAAAACACCUCUGGCUGUCUCAGAAAUGUGAGCUCGGAUGGGGCAGAAGCUCGGCGCAGACUGAGGGAGUGUGAGGGACUGGUGGAUGCCCUGCUGCAUGCUCUUCAGUCAGCUGUAGGGAAGAAAGAUAUGGACAACAAGUCUGUUGAGAACUGCGUUUGUAUUAUGAGGAACCUCUCCUACCACGUCCACAAAGAAGUACCAGGGGCUGAGAAGUUCCAGAAACCAUCAGCGCUCCAGGCCCCUGGAUCAGCAGGACCUCAGAGGAAGAAGAAGGAUGACGCUGGCUGCUUCGGAGGCAAAAAGGCCAAAGAGGAAUGGUUUAAUCAAGGUAGAAAGUCUGGUGAAAGUGACAAAAACUAUGACACGUUGGAUCUACCCAAGCGUACAGAGCCAUCUAAAGGCUUUGAGCUGCUGUACCAGCCAGAAGUGGUGAGGCUGUACCUUUCUCUGCUGACGGAGAGCCAGAACUACAACACCCUGGAGGCAGCAGCUGGGGCUCUGCAGAACCUCAGCGCUGGACAGUGGACUUGGUCCAACUACAUCCGAGCCACAGUGCGGAAGGAGAAAGGUCUCCCCAUUCUGGUGGAGCUGCUGCGCUCCGACUCUGAUAAGGUGGUCCGAGCUGUGGCCAUCGCCCUGCGCAACCUGUCCAUCGACCGCCGCAACAAGGAUCUGAUUGGGAGUUAUGCCAUGCGGGACUUGGUGAGCAACCUGCCCAGUGGUCAGCAGCGACCCGCCAAGAACCUGGAGGAGGACACUGUGGUCGCCAUCCUAAACACCAUUCAUGAGAUUGUUACCGACAGCUCAGAAAACGCUCGCUCUCUCGUCCAGGCCCUGGCCAUCGAGAAGCUGGUCGCCAUCAACAGGACGAGCCAAUCAGCUCGUGAAACUAAGGCCGCAUCGCACGUGUUGCAAACGGUGUGGAGCUAUAAGGAACUAAGGAAUGCUUUGACCAAGGAUGGCUGGAACAAAAGCCACUUUCAGCCCACAGUGGCGGUUACUCCUAAAGCAACCAAGAACGGCAAACCAGGUUAUGAUGACACCACUCUGCCGCUGAUGGAGAAGAAUCAAGAUGGUUACUCCACCAUUGAUCAGAGGGACAAGGACUGCAAAUAUAAAACAGAUGACGGCUCAGCGGACCUAACAGAACGGGAACCAUUAAAGAAUGACACAAAUAGGAAACACUAUAUCAGGAGUAACAGGCCUGCGGUCAGUCUGGUGGACGCGUGUGACGUUAAGCCCCAGCCUGUUGACUCCUGGGUUUAAAUGCAUGCAUGGCUUAAGCAGCAGCAGAGCAACACCCCAGCUGGACGAGGAUCUCUCAUGUCACCACUGCCAUUUCACAGGAACUCAUCUCUGGAGCUGGACUUUGUAAAAAGAGACUGAUCACAAAAACGACUACCCAGCAGCAGUCAGCAUUCAGUCAGAGAAGGUUUUUAAAGUGAGCUAAGAAAAAAAACUCUUACUACUUUGUCAUAUCUACAUUCCUGGACAUCAUGUGAAUUUUACAGUGUUGAGUCGUGACGGAGCUCUAAGACAAUCAGGAAGGAGGCUGAUGCUGGAGGCAGAGUGGGAGAAGCAACGUGAGACAGCCUGGAUUGAAAAAGAACGUGUAUUGGAUGAAAACCUGUGGAAGAAGAAGUAUUUGAGUUUUCAAAAGUGGUUUAGUGGAAUUCUGAAUGAUUUUUUUUUUGAGUGUGUUGUCGUGCUUUGAUAUCUUGACAUGAACAGGUUUGGACUGGUGUGUUUGAAGGCUACUGAAAGUUUGUUUUGGGUUUGAUGAGAUAAAUCCAGAGAAGAAAAACAAGGAAGCCGAGCCUGAGAAGAGCUGUAGCAUUGCAGAGAAACAUUUACCCCAACUGAAAAUCCAUCUGGGUUCACCGUGUUGUUUUCAAAAAACAAAAAAGAGAGUGCACUGCUUUGAAAUCAGAUGUGUGGACCAGGAAGUUAGGAGGCUGCAGGUUGUGAGUCCAUCUGGGAGCGUUUUUAUUCACGCCGCAUCUCAAGAAGAAUAUUGAGUGCAAGCAGAUCCAAAUCAAGAGAGACUUUGUGUUUUACGGUGGCCUGUAUGGGCCAAACAGAGCCGUGCUCACUCCUGUGAACACUCUGGCACGCGGCUGGUUGCUGUUUGUCGGCGUUGUGUAUUAAGAGAAUUUAAGGCAUUGUGUUUAUAAAUGAUUUCUGUUUUUGCAAAGAGAAGGAGAUUGGUUCCUUGUUUAAAGAAAAGGUCUAAAAGUUGGCUUUUAUAUAAAUGUAUAUUACAAUAAAACAAAGCAAAAAAAAAAAAUAGAAAAACUAAAGAAUAAAAAACAACAAAACACGACUUUUUAGUUGUAAAUGAAUAACACGUUGUUUGGGAAGCACAUUUCAUUUGAUAAAGACUCACCAUGUUUGUAAACCACAAAUAACCACCUGUAACUUAAACGUGUCACAUCCAGGUUCACCUAUUUAUAUUUUGUAUUUGUCAAAAAGGUUAAAGGACAGAAGUGUAGCUACCUUCUUCAUUAGGAGGGUGGGUUUGUGUUCAACUGCUCCUGCAUCACUAACAGUAGACUUUUGGGGGGGAAUGGGGGUGACGUAUGUUUUUUCUCCUCGUGCACUUACAGAACAUUUAAUCACCACAACCCCACCUUCUCUGCUGCAUCUUUAACGCCGUUAAGUCGUGAGCAUGAAGAAAAUCUUUACAGAUGUUUAUAUUCUAUGUUUCUUUCCAAGUGCCAGUUUUUUUCGUGGUGUCAUUGAAUACGAGCUAAUUCAUUCAUGUGCAGGGGUGGCUGAUGGAUGUGGGUGGAGACUCAAGCACUGAAGCAUCAUGGGUGGUCUCAUAGUAUAUAUUUUUACAGUGGGUGAAGGGCGGGAUGUUGGGAUGCAUCAUGACAUUCCCGUUGGAGAGGAUCUGACCCGGCUUGGUUCCACUCGUGCAUCUACCACUCGAGGCGAACGGCAUGUGCCUGCGUUGAAGUCCGAUUUUCGUUUCUCUUUGUGACGUAUGUGACUUUGUAAAGCUUGCAUAUUUUACGGUGUUUACAAAGAUGUACGUUGUGGUUAAAACUCAAUCAACUAUGAACAUGAAAAAGUUACUGUUUAUUAACUUCAGAUUUCUAAAGAUGGGUCAAAAGUGUCGUAACACCCAGCAUCCCUUUUGUGUGUCCUGGACAUCGACGCGUGUGACUGUCUCUCUAAAAUGCACUACGCCGUACCACAACCAAAGGAUCUGGAGUUGUGUUCACAUGAAUUCAGAAUAAAACCGACGUCUUGGUUUUUGUGGAUGUGCAGAACCAAGAACCUCACAACUGUGCUGUAAAAUACCCGGACACACAUGGAAUCAAACAAACCUACCUGUGUAGACAGGACUGAUUCAAGACCGUCAAACUAAAGUAACUGAGUAGCAGAUGUGUUUGUACCUAUCAUGUGCCUUAAUCUUUUCCAUGGUAGAUCAAGAUAAAUGUGUUUUAUAUAACUCCAUUCCACCCCCUCGACUGUCUGUUCGCCUCCCCUCCCCUCCUCCUCCUCCUUCCCCAUCAAUGUCACACUUUGCCCCCACCCCCUAUGUAGUUUAGACUGUUGGCAGGUUUCUGCUUUAUUACAUUGUAUUAUAAACUUUUAAGGAGGUAGUCAUUUGAGAAAUGGGUUUGAUUUUUUAGAGGAGUGAGGUGUUAAUGCUUUCGUAGCGAGCAGAAGCAAUGCCGCAGUGACAGAAUGUACUAUGUUAAAUUUACUAAUACCCAGAGGCAAAUAUUACGCUUGUUAAACAUAAUGGAAAAAUACCGGUUUGUAGAGUAUACAUUUGGUGUGUUUUCAAUAAAUCAUGCCUGGAAAGAA